AUGGUGGAAUUGUUGUCGUCCACCCAAAAGCGUUCGCAUCGUAAUUGUGCGACGUCACUGAGUCUAGACGACUCUCGCGUAGCUACGGGAGGGAAGGAUUCUUGUGUGUUGCUCUAUAAUUGUGCCCCGGGUGAAUUGUCCAACAGCGGCCGCUUUGAAAUUUCAUCCGUUUCAUCCAUACGCACAAAAGUGCUCAGCGUUGACCUAUCCGGGGACCGCGUGGUUUGCGGCACAUCAUGUGGUCAAUUGCACAUAUUGGACGUACGUAGCAGCGGUUCCGAUCGCAUUUUGGCGCACAACGCGCAAAUAAGCUGCGUACGUUGGCUGGAUUCGGCGCGAGACGCAGUGUGUAGCACUUCUUUGGACGGAAAAGUGAAGGUGUGGGAUCUUAGACACACCGCGAUUCCGUUGCACGAGUUGAUAGGCCACACAGCUGGAGUAAACUGCUGCGACUCCCUUCCGAACUGCCAGAGUCAAGAUGAGCUUUCUAUAAACUUUGGCGAUUACUACGAGCGCGUUCUUACUGUCGGAAGCGACCGCACCGCUCGCCUGUGGAAUCUGAACAGUGGUACACAUUUGGUGUUCAAGGUGCCUGCUACGUUAUCGCAAAAUGCGGAAUGUUGCUGCAUAUUGCUCAAGCGACCUCACUACAUUUUUGCUGUCGGACUUGACUCAGAGUACAUUUUGGUGUUUUCCCUGAAACUCAGCAAACAUAUCGGAUCGCUUUCGUUGGGCGGACCUGGCGUGUGGGUGAAUUGUAUGCGUAAUUGGGGCUCCUAUCUGCUAGUCGGCACAAACGUUGGCAAGCUUCUCUUUGUGCGUUUCGACUUCAACGACAACUAUUCGAGUUGUACUCUUACAGUGGAGUGUUCAUUCGACUAUCGGGGUUCAGUUAAUGAUAUCAGUUUUGAAGAGGUAGGCGGAGAGCUUUGCGUCUAUUUGGCACUCGGGACGGAGAUGCGCCUAGGCCGUUGGGGUGCCAUCGAGGUUCCCAAUGAUGCUAAACCGCAGAAUCUGAUAAAUCAAUCGCUAUUCGCGCUUUAA